UAUGCUCCCUUGCAGUUGUAGAUGAAGCCCUAUCCAGGAGCAAAGCUUGUGGUCAGAAUGGCCCGCUAUGGUUGUACCAACCGACCAUUUUAUCAUAUAGUUGUUACCUGGAACAGGUAUCCAAGAGACAGGAAAAUUAAAGAACAGAUUGGCUUCUAUGACAGAUUACCCAACCUGAAUGGAGAACAAGUGCUUGGACUGAAUCUAGAUAGAGUUCGCCAUUAUUUUAAGUUUGGAGCAGAGUUUUCCAGGCCUGUACUCCAGCUUUUAGGAAUUGUGGGAUAUUUCCCUAUUCAUCCUUACACUCUGGUUGAGGCCAGAAGAAUAACUCGUCGUCGGGAAGAAUUGGAGAAAAAGCUUAUAGAAUUGCACAGUGAACAAAAAAGUGACCAAUCAGAAGAGGAAGUGGAAAAAGAGAAUUUAAACAUUGACCAAUCAAAUAACAUGGAUUCUGACACAAUGCCUACAACAGCCAAUCAGAAUAGAGAAACAUUAUCGGAAUCAUUAAGCAAAGCAAAAAAAUUGUCUGUAUUAAAAGUGUAAAAACUA